GAGGGCCGGGGGGUGGGACGGUGGCCAGGCCUGGCGGCAUGUUCUGCUACCACUGCCCCCCGGGUCUUCCAACGCCACGGUUACCACCCACCCUCGAGUACCCAUUCGCCGCCACUCACCCCUAUACCAGUUACUCGGCUUAUCAUCCGGCUUUGCACGGAGUCGGGGAGGAUUCCUUCGUGAGGCGAAAGCAGAGGAGGAACAGAACCACGUUCACUCUUCAGCAACUGGAAGAAUUGGAGUCAGCGUUUGCGCAGACACAUUAUCCGGAUGUCUUCACGAGGGAGGAUCUGGCGAUGAAGAUUAACCUCACCGAGGCCAGGGUUCAGGUAUGGUUUCAAAAUCGUAGAGCGAAGUGGAGGAAAAGCGAACGUUUGAAGGAGGAACAAAGGAAAAGAGAGGGUAACGGAGGGGGUGGCGCGUUGGAAACGACAGGCCUCGCACCUCCAACGUCGUCAUCGGCAGGACCCAGUCCAACAGGACAUGAUCCUGAAGGAACGACAAGCAGCAGCGCCCCCGACGCGGAGGACGCCGGUCCAGAUGGAGCUGGGGGGUCGAGGAGCCCCAGCACCACUUCCGCCUCGGUCAGCCCGCGGCCCCAGCAGAGUCAGCCGUCCCUGGGUGGCGUCUCGACGCCACCUCCAACCCCCAUAAGGGCGCCACCGCCGCCACCUAGCACCGUGGGGGGUCUUGGCCCACCCGGCGAGAGCACACCGGGUUUGGCGGCGGGUUUCAGGCCGGUCGAGCCGCCCACGUCGCUCUUCUUCUCCCCGCACUUGGCGGCGCAAUUCUCGCCACCGUUGUUCGGCAACAAGGUGGUGAGCAGCGCGCCAACGUCCCUCACCUCGACGACGCCAUCCCUGUGGACAUCGAGCGAUCACCGGCCUGGAAGCUUGCAGGACAUGCUGUCCUGGUCGCCGGCCGGUUGGCCGGGUUCUCUGUGCGGCUGUUGCAAACCCGGGACCGGGGAUCUUCACAGGAACAGCAGCCUGGCCGAGCUGAGGAGGCCGGGUGGUCUGCCGCUGCCCUUGCCCCUACCGUUGCUCCCACCUCUGCUGGGACUGUCCAGGAGGCCGGAACACCAUCAUCAUCAUUUGCCAAGCAUGGUUCACCAGAUACAACCGAGCACCAAGGAGGAUCCCUAGGAUCUUGUGCGCUCCUCGUCCGACGAGCUCGAUAUCGUCGCCCCUUGACAUCGGC